AUGCUGAGGCAGAGAGUAAUGGAGAAAUUUGCAGAGCUGAGAGAAGCAAUUGAUAGUAUAGAGGUAGUCGACGCCCACGCACACAAUAUCGUCAGCCUUGAUUCCACCGUCCCUUUUCUCACCUGCUUCUCUGAAGCCACCGGCGACGCCUUGUCCUACGCACCCCACACCCUCUGCUUCAAGAGGAGCCUGAGGGAGAUUGCUAAACUUUACGGCUCUGAGCUAUCGUUGCAUGGCGUUCAAGGAUAUCGCAGUUGCUUUGGAUUGGAGUCAAUUAGCACUAUGUGCUUCCAAGAUGCUGGGAUUUGUACCAUACUCAUUGAUGAUGGAAUUGAAUUAGACAAAAAGCAUGAGAUUGAGUGGCACAGGAAAUUUGCACCUGUUGUUGGUAGAAUAUUGAGAAUUGAGCAGUUGGCUGAGAAGAUUCUUGAUGAAGGGAGUUCAGAUGGAUUGCCUUGGACAUUGGACAAGUUUAUGAAAGACUUUGUAGGAAAGCUAAAUUCAGUUGCUGCUGAAAUUGUUGCCUUGAAGAGCAUAGCUUCAUACCGCAGUGGACUGGAGAUAAAUACAAAUGUCACAAGGAAGGAGGCUGAGGAGGGUCUUACUGAUGUUUUACAUGCUGGGAAUCCUGUCCGCAUCACAAAUAAAAACUUUGUUGAUUAUAUCUUCACCCGCAGUUUGGAGGUAGCCCUAUGUUUUGACUUGCCAAUCCAGAUACACACAGGCUUUGGAGACAAAGAUUUGGAUUUGAGACUUUCGAAUCCUCUUCAUCUCCGCAAUCUUCUUGAGGACAGGAGAUUCUCUAACUGUCGCAUAGUGCUUUUGCAUGCAUCUUACCCAUUUUCAAAAGAAGCAUCAUAUCUGGCCUCUGUUUAUCCUCAGGUUUACCUUGAUUUUGGGUUGGCAAUUCCUAAGCUUAGCAUCCAUGGGAUGAUAUCUUCAGUCAAAGAACUUUUGGAGCUAGCUCCAUUAAAGAAGGUGACACUUGUGCUCUUCAAGAAUAUUGAAAAUAGUUGCCCAGGGUCCUGGGAAGAGGGUGCUAGUGGAAGUUUCAUGAUUGCUUGGUCUGGUUUUCGAAGAAGUGGGGACUGUGAUUAA